AUGUCUCCCCGUACCAGCAUCAACGGCAAGCCUCGAAGCGAAGGCGAAGAGUUGGAUCAUGUUCAUCCAACUCGGAGCAUCCCCAUCUCGCCAGAGUUGUUCGAGCAGCUUUAUCUCCAGCCACAGAAUAGGGUGAAGGGAGACCUUCGAAAGACCUUCGGCAACCCUACACCAGUUGCUUUGGCUGGAUUCUUGAUGUGCUCCACGCCAGCAUCCAUGGGCUUGCUCGGAUGGCAGGGAGCUGGUGGUUUUGCUGCUGCUGCGAACGUUGGUGCCUACUUUGGAUUGGGUGGUGUUCUUCUUGUCUUGGGAGGUAUUGGUGAAUGGAUUCUUGGAAACACCUUCCCAUCAACCGUCUUCUUCACCUUCGGGGGCUUCUGGCUCGCAUUCGGUACAACUGUUGUCCCUGAUUCCGGCGCCUAUAGCACCUACUCCACCGACGGUACGGCUGCCAAUGGUCUCGCUCAGCCUCAAUUCUACUCGACUUUCGCAUUCUUCCUAAUUGCUAUGGCUAUCCUAUGCACUAUCUAUUCUAUCGCGAGUAUUCGAACGAAUGUCGCUCUGUUCUCCAUCCUCCUCUUGCUUGUUCCUUGCUUCUCUUGCCUUGCCGCUGCGUUCUUUGCCGUUUCCCAAGGGAAGGCUAACCUUGCGCUCAAGUGCCAGCACGCUGGAGCGGGAUUGUUGUUUGCUCUAUCAUUAAUCGGCUGGUAUAUGUUCAUGUCUAUUCUACUUAUGUCUGUCGACUUCCCCAUCAUGCUGCCUCUCGGCGAUCUGUCGACUAUCAUCCGCGGCAAGAGUGAUGCUAAGAAGGAUGCAAGCAAGACGGUUUGA